AUGUUUCUCGACCAGAUCGUUGCUGAUCGGUUGUCACAACAACUGUUUUGGUACCUGGCUGGCGUCAUCGCAAGCCUCUGUAUCGUUCGCCUUGCAGUCAACAGAUAUGGCACCGGUAUCAAUCACAUUCCGGGCCCAGUGUUUGCUUCAUGCACAAACCUGUGGAGGUUCUUCGUCGUCUGGGGCCGUCGGCCAGAGCUCGAGCAUAUCCGACUGCAUGAAAAGUAUGGUCCCUUAGUCAGACUAGGCCCUCGAGUGCUCUCAGUAUCUGACCCUGCGGCCAUCCCGGUCAUAUAUGCUUUGCAUUCUGGAUUUGUCAAAUCAGGUUUCUACCCGGUCCAGCAAACGAUAGCAAAGGGUCGCCGUCUGUACACCAUGUUCAGCACCACAGACGAGAAGUUCCAUGCUAAACUCAGAAGAGCGGUGUCAAAUGCUUAUGCGAUGAGUACCCUGGUGCAGUUCGAACCGUUGGUAGAUUCCACGAUAUUGGCAUUUUUGGAGCAGCUCGAGAAGAGGUUUGCAGACAAACCAGGCCCAGAUGGCAUAUGUGAUUUCUCGAGGUGGCUUCAAUUCUAUGCCUUUGAUGUCAUCGGCGAGCUUACAUACUCCAAGCGCUUGGGUUUCGUGGAUCGAGGAGUGGACAUCGAUGGUAUCAUUGGGAACCUGGAAUGGCUUCUCAAUUACGCUGCCAUAGUCGGACAAAUACCAAUCUUGGAUCGAGUCUUUCUCAAGAAUCCAUUGAGAUUGUUUGCGAGCCGGAUUGGACUGAUAAGUUCGAACACGCCAGUGGCAACUUUCGCAAGAAAUCGAAUUGCUGAUCGACAAGACGUAGAGCAAGGCCAGGAAAAGCCAGCAUCGACAUCUGAUGGAAAGCGAGCAAGGAAAGACUUCUUGUCAAGGUUCACCGAAGCUCAUCACAAGGACCCUCAGUUCAUCACCCAGGAGCGAGUUCUAGCGCUAACCGUUGCGAAUAUGUUUGCUGGCAGCGACACGACAGCGAUUAGCCUGCGAGCGAUCUUCUACUACCUUUUGAAAAGCCCAGAUGAUAUGGAGAGCUUGAAGAGGGAACUCUGGGCGCAGCGGGAGAAUGGAACAUUCACUGACCUCAGCGGACUGGUAAACUGGAACGAUGUGAGGGACUUGCCAUACCUGAGUGCUGUUAUCAAGGAAACGCUUCGAUGCCAUCCUGCUGCUGGACUUACGCUUGAACGAAUCGUGCCUCGUCAAGGUAUCACCAUUUGUGGACAAUUCAUUCCCGGUGGCACCAUAGUGGGAUGCAGUGCCUGGACUGUGCACAGAGAUGCUCUGUUCGGGGCACACCCAGAACAGUUCCGCCCGAAGAGAUGGCUUGAGGCAUCGCCGGAACAGAAAAGACAAAUGGAAAAUUCUCUCUUCACUUUCGGAGCCGGAUCUCAUACGUGCAUCGGCAAGAAUAUCAGUUUGCUCGAAAUGUACAAGCUUGUUCCGGCACUGCUGGCGAGAUUCGAGAUUGAGUUCGCAGACGCAUCUAAACCGUGGAAACUGCACAAUGCGUGGUUUGUCAAACAGUCUGAAUUCAGGGUGCGGCUGCGAAGGAGGAAGCAAGACGACUAG